AUGUACCGGCUACCGUUCCUCGUCUUCCUGGCAAUAACCUCAGCCGCCCCAGCCCCAUCGAAGAGAAAGAACUGCUCCACCAAAUCGCAAAGCACCGAUACCGCUCCAGCAAUUGUAGGUGCAUUGCAACAGAACGAAAGCGCCGUGGUGCUUCCUACUGGGACAGAGGGAGUUACACCCUAUAUCUCCGGAACCGUACUUCCUGAAUCGAAAUCUGGCUCAGAUGUAGUUAUAGGUGCAUGGGAUAGAGGUGGAUGGUCAGGUCGGAAUAAACCACAAUCUACUUCUGCAGGUACUGCUGCUCCUACUACUCCGCCAGCUACUGCCGCAGCAUCAGCACCUACCUCUAUCGCAAGUCAAGCUGCUCCACCUGCUUCUCAAGCGGUAUCUUCUCCUGCUUCGCAGCCUGUCGCCCCAGCGUCAAGUCAAGUAAUAUCAUCCCCGGCAGCCUCACCGAUAUCGGCUGCACCAUCUAGCACCGCCGUAUCCACCCCAACUUCCGGAGGAGGUGGCCAGACAGGUCUGGGGCUGGACGAUACCUCCUGGUCCCAAUUGACCAACGCACAAGGAUUGGACUGGUACUGGAAUUGGAGUUAUAAGCCUUUCGAAGGAAUGCAAGCUGAAUUUGUAGCUUGCAUAUGGGGUGAGGUGAUGGCUAAUGAAUUUAUUGGAUUGGGUACGGGCGGAUUAUCCCAGGGGGUUCAGUAUGUGAUGAGUUUCAAUGAACCGGAUAUGGGAGCGGAUGUAGGAGGAUCGAAUAUCCCUGAUGUAGCCCAUGCGGCGAGCUUGCAUCAACAGUGGACAGCGAAUGUUCCGGAGGGUGUGAAGAUUGGUGCGCCGGCUGUAGCGAGAGGUGGUGAUGUGAAAUGGUUUACCCCCUGGGUAACCGCUUGUGGUGGUCAAUGUAAAUACGAUUUCGUACCCAUUCAUUUUUACGGAGUAGUCGUUGAAGAUUUGUUCGAAUACAUCAAGAGCUUCCCAACAGGUGGUAAACCUAUCUGGGUGACAGAAUUUGAUUGUCAAGAUUUCUCUACCGGAGAGGUAUGCGAUGAGAAGAAACAAACUGAUUUUAUGGAUAGAGCUAUAGCGUGGUUUAAAGGUGAGGGAUCGGCAUAUGUAGAGAGAUGGGCAUGGUUCGGUGCUUUGCCUAAAUUUUCUGAAACUACUUUUGGAUUGUUGGAUAAAGGGGGAGCGUUGAAUGAGUUUGGUGCACAUUAUUUGAGUUUGUAA